AUGUAGUCCUUUAGAGCCUCUUCAGAUUAUAUUUUGAAUUAAAUUCCACAAAUUCCUAAUUAAUAAAUAUCUAAAUUGGUUGAUGAAUUAGGGAAUCUAGAAAACUAUAAGUAAAAAAGUUACUAUAUUAUUAGUUUGAAAAAUGAAAAGCUUGAGAAUUAAAAGGAAAAUUAUGGAAGGCCUUAUAAAUCAACUAAACGUAUAUUUAAAAGAAAUAAGAAGUUUCCAAAUGAAUUAGAUAAUCAAUUAUUUAUGGAUGAAUCAUUAAUUAGUGAGACUGAAGGUAUGAUAGUAUUAUAAAUAAAUUUAGCCAAAUUAAAUUCUCUAUAUGGGGAAACCAUUUCUAUUUAAAAGAAUUUAUUAUAAAAUUAGAAAAGCGGUCCAAUAAAAGUUAUAAAUGCAAUUAAAAAAAUGGAUGAUAUUAAAUCCCUUAUAAAUAAAGUGACAGCAAAUAAAUUGAUGAAUAAGUUUAUAAUUUGA